AUGGGCCGGAGACCCGCUAGAUGUUAUCGAUAUUGCAAAAAUAAACCUUAUCCUAAGUCAAGAUUUUGUCGUGGUGUCCCAGACCCAAAGAUUCGAAUCUUUGAUCUGGGUAAGAAAAAAGCAGACGUUGAAGAAUUUCCUCUAUGUGUUCAUAUGAUAUCAGAUGAAUACGAACAGCUGUCCAGUGAAGCAUUAGAAGCUGCUCGUAUUUGUGCAAACAAGUAUCUGUUGAAGCAUUGUGGAAAAGAUUCAUUCCAUGGUCGAAUACGCGUUCAUCCAUUUCAUGUGAUCCGCAUCAAUAAAAUGCUUUCGUGUGCUGGGGCUGAUCGUUUGCAAACAGGUAUGAGAGGUGCAUUCGGAAAGCCCCAGGGGACAGUUGCACGCGUUGAUAUUGGACAAGUUAUAAUGUCAGUUCGUGCUCGUGAUCAACAUCAAGCUCAAGUUGUUGAAGCUCUCAGACGUGCCAAAAUGAAAUUCCCAGGUCGGCAAAAAAUAGCCGUGUCACGUAACUGGGGAUUCACAAAAUGGCCUAGAACUAGUUUUAACGAAAUGCGUGCCAAAGGACAACUAGUUUCGGACGGUGUUGGUGUGAAGUAUCUUCCUCCUCAUGGCCCCUUAGAACAAUGGAAACAAACACAGGCACGUCUAGCUGGAAUCACUGUAUAA